ACGGGGGAAGAGCCCGGGGGACAGUGAUGGGAGCUGACCCUCCCCUUCAUCCUGGGGGGCUCUGCCACUGUCCCCCGGUGUGGCGGCAGCCGAUAGCCAAGCGCGUCACUGCCGGUGUGGCUGGGUGCAGGAGAUAAGUUUUGCACCUCAAACGGCUCAGAGUUGGGUGUCUGAGGGCAAAGCACUGGUGGCAGGGGCCGCAGUGCCUGCAUGUCCCUCCAGGCUGGGGGGGUGGCUGUCCCUCCCGCCCCUGCUGGGCUUAAAAUCAGGGAGGGCAGCUUUGAGCCCUCCAAAGCGCUCACCCCCACGGGUGCUGCUCCUCCUUGCUUCUGUGCCCUCGCCGGGGGCUCUGCUGGCUGGCCCCACCAGUCCCCAGUGUGCAGCUGCACCCCAAAGGGCUCUGAAAGCCAUUUGUGUGGUCUCGGCGAUGGCGGGGGGGCUGGUGGGGGCUGCAGGCAGGACCCUGCUCCCUCCCCGUCCCGGCGGGCGGCCCGGAGGGUUUGGAGCACAGCUGUGUUGCAUCAGGGCCGGGAGGAGGCUGGAGCCGGGAGUUUUCCUCAUGCUGGCAGGCGGUCAGGGCGCAGCAGAGGGAUGCAGCCGUGCUCUGCAGAGUAGGGAUGCCACAGGAAUGGGAAUGCUUUGCAUCCUGCCCCGCUGCUCCGGGUUGGCCUCGCUCCCCGAACAGGAGCCCCGCACCCCCAGCUCCCUGCGCUGCUGCAGGGCACCAUCGAGGCGGCUGAGAAAUGGCGGCUCGGUUGGGCUGUGAGCACCGGGGCGGCUCAGGCUUGUGGCAGCCGAGGGCUGGCUAUAAAUACUUGGGAGAUAAACGCUGGGGAGGGAGAAGAACUACUUAAGCUGAGGGACAGUCUUGGCAAAAGCACAAGCGUAUGUGAGCGAGCCCCGGGAUGUGCUACAGCUCGAAGGAGGUUCCCAGAAAGGCUGAUUUUAGGGUCAGUGGUGCCCCAGUCGGCAGGGGAGGGUCAAGGGGAAGGUGUCUCUCUUCCUACCUGGCUUUUCUGUGCUCAUGCUGAAGCCAGGGCUCUGGAGGCAGCCUAGAGCGAGGGAAGGGGAAUGGGAACAUCUUCCUUCGGGCCAUAGCCAGCUGCCAUACUCUUGCAGCAGGCACCCAGUCUUCGGUCCUUCUCUGGCAGGAAUCGGCAGAGCCCUGAGCACUGGGUAUUGUCGCCUCUGCCACGGGAAGUUCUCCUCCAGGAGCCUGCGCAAUGCCUUCGGGAAGGUGCCUGUCAUGGGGGAGAACUCGGAGAAGCAGCGACGUGUGGAUCAGGUCUUCUUCACCGACUUCCAGCGGCUGGUCGGCGUGGCGGUGCGGCAGGACCCCGCGCUCCCCCAGUUCGUCUGCAAGAAGUGCCAUGCCCAGUUCUACAAAUGCCGCAGCGUCCUCAGGACAUUUAUCCAGAGGGUGAAUGCGUCUCCCACAGGCCAUGUGAAGUCAAAAGGAAAGAGCGGCGCGGCCCAGGCCCAGCCGGGUGCAGAUGGAGGUGCCUCCUGCCUGGUGGACCUGAUCACCUCCAGCCCCCAGUGCCUGCACAGCCUGGUGACGUGGACGCACACGCACGCCGGGAGCUGUACGUCGGUGCCCAGCCUGCAGAGCGUGCUCUCCUCCGAGUACUGCGGCAUCAUCCGCGCUGUCUGGGGCUGUGGGGAUGGGCACGACUAUGUCAUGGAUACAGAUUCGGACUGUAGCACGGUGCUUGUCGACAAUGCCUUGUGUGUCAAACGGGAGUGGAACAAGAGCACGGCGCAGCACUUGACUGACAACGGGGCAGGCGCAGACAAUGCUGAGGCUGUUUCUGCUCCCAAACCCCAGCAUGCUCCAGUAAGGACAACUCCUUGCCAGCAGCCCGCAAACAAAGGGACCACAUCGGUGCCACUGAACGUGGAGAAUGAGCUGCCGCAGGACAGGGAUUCAUCUCACUUGCAACUGGACAGCAUGGCCUCCAUACAGGAGAAAGCCCUGUUGCAGCCCGUGUCACCACUGAGCAGUGUCACAGGACAGUUGAGUGGGAAGCAGGUUCUGUCUGCAACGUCGGAUGAGCGGGUAAAAGACGAGUUCAGUGACCUUUCUGAGGGGGACUUCUUGAGUGAUGAUGAAAAUGAGAAGAGAAAUGUGCAAUCUUCAGAUGACUCCUUCGAGCCUUACCCCGAAAAGAAGGUUUCUGGCAAGAAAAGCGACAGCAAAGAAGCAAAGAAGGCAGAAGAGCCCAAAAUAAGGAAGAAGCCAGGGCCUAAGCCAGGCUGGAAAAAAAAAAUCAAAUGUGAAAGGGAGGAGCUGCCUACCAUUUACAAGUGUCCUUACCAGGGAUGCACGGCUGUCUACAGAGGGGCAGAUGGCAUGAAGAAACACAUCAAAGAGCAUCACGAAGAGGUUCGGGAGAGGCCCUGUCCUCAUCCUGGCUGCAACAAGGUGUUCAUGAUUGACCGGUACCUGCAGCGUCAUGUGAAACUCAUUCACACAGAGGUACGUAAUUAUAUCUGUGAUGAAUGUGGGCAGACAUUUAAGCAACGCAAACACCUCUCGGUCCAUCAGAUGCGGCACUCGGGAGCAAAGCCUUUGCAGUGUGAAAUCUGUGGUUUCCAGUGCCGACAGCGAGCAUCACUCAAGUACCACAUGACCAAACACAAAGCUGAGACGGAGCUGGAGUUUGCCUGUGACCAGUGCGGGAAGCGCUUUGAGAAGGCCCAUAACCUUAAUGUCCACAUGUCCAUGGUGCACCCUCUGACCCAGACUCAGGACAAAGCCAAGCCACUGGAGCCAGAGCCCAUUCUCCUCCUAAAUACUUCAGGGACUUCAGAAAGUCAGGUGGUAAAGCCAGAAGUGACUGCGCAGCAGGAGCCCACCUGAGGGGGACGGGGAAGCUUUCCCAGUCCAGCCCUGUAGAAACCUUAUAGCAGAGUGGAGAUUUUUUAAUCUACGUUUUAGUCUCCCAAAGAACUCAGUGGAAUUAGCUUCAGCUUGCUCAGAAAAAGCUUGUUAUCAUGCUGUGAUUCUCCAUGCUCACGUCUGAUUCAGCAGUGUUGUACUAAGAGUCUGUCUAAUCCCAGGGGAAUGGAUGUUCGGCAGCACCCCUUCGUGGUCCCCCUUCUCCCCACGCACACCAUUGUAGAAACAGAGUUGGCCACAACUGUUCCCUGCCUGCACAAGCUGCUGCCUGUACAGAAGUGCCCUCAGGUGGCUCUAAGGGUAUGUAGGACAGUGGAGCAAUUUUAAGUAAACACUUUGUUUUGGAAAAAAACAAAACAUUACAACUCCCAAAGCAAGUCUAAACUGAAAUUUGUAACCUACUUUUUAUUGUAACAAGAGCUUCAUGGUUAUGCUUGUAAUAAAUUAUUUACAAAGUAAUUUGAAAGAAACAGCAGUGGUGAAAGGUA